CGACCUGGUGGAGUACAAUAACAACUGAAGACUGAUCACUGGUGACUGUACUGCUGUUAUCGGUGGAAGAGUUUGUCACCAGGAAAGCUACACGAUUACUAGAAGAAUGAGAAAUGAAGAUAUUCAGUGACAAACUACCCAGUUCUUAAAAACAAGAAGUGGGUGAACGUGUGUUACAAGGAAGAGGAGAGGUCAGUGCUGCUAUACGCAACUUUUAACUCCAUAUAUUGUCAUCAUGUCUUCCAUGGUAGGGAAUAAGGGUUAUGUACCCAGAAUAUCUCAGUUGGAUUCCUUAUUCCUCAAUAGAGAGGCUUAUUCUAUGGUAAAAAAUCAGUUGCUGGGUGCUGUUAAAUACAUUGGACAAACCUUUGUCACAAUCCUCGAACCUGAAAUUGAUGCAGCCCUUCAGUAUUUAAUUUUGAAAUAUACUGUUGAGAAAGGAAAAAGUUCAGUUGGUCAACAGCUUUUGCAAAUAAAAUAUGAAGAAACAGUCUCAACAAGAAGACUCCAUAGUUAUAUAAUAAUGUUGGUUGUAGGAAACUGGAUAAAACACAGAGCUGGUCUCAUAACCUACACAGUUACAAAGAACGAAAGUGUAAAAGAAGCUACCAGUCAGUGUCUUAGUGGGUUUGAAAUAGUGUUUAAAGUUCUGCAAGUCAUCAAUCUGCUGGUGUUCCUUCAAAAGGGAUCUUAUCCAACUGUUCUAGAAAGGCUCUUUGGUCUGAGAAAUGUACCUGCAAACCCCGGCAGUGUGCGAAGAAUAUCCUACACGUACUUCACACGAGAGCUCUUGUGGCAUGGUUUUGCAGAACUUCUUGCAUUUAUUUUACCAUUAAUCAACGUGCAGUAUUUCCAUAGUAUUGUCAGAAAAUUUGUGCCAAGUUCAAGUGAAAAUGACCAUAGUUCAGAGGAUGAACCAAAGGCAGAAUUUGUGCUACAGACAACAUGUGUAGUUUGUAAUAAUAAUCCAGUUCUCCCUCACAGUUUUGGGUGUUGCCACAUUGCUUGUUACUAUUGUGUCUACUCCAGCUAUUCUUCUGAUCCACUGUUCUCUUGUCCACUUUGUGGUCAUCAGAUAGAGAACAAAGUUCAAAUUGUCCCAACAUAUGUUUCAUAAUUUAUUGAAAUUGUUACUUCCAUGUAAAGAGUUUCACUUAAUUUUUUCUAGAUUUAUAAUGAUAUAUCUUGUAAUCGUGAAUUUAAAAAAAAAAUGUUUUGUGUAGUGCUUUCUUGGGUGAUGGAAGGUAACAUUUGAUACUUUUAUUUGUUUACAAUAAAUGUGAUUAUAAGAUGGUCAGACUAGGAAUUGUAAGGCCAUAUAACAUUAGAUAUGACAAGAUUGUGUAAGGAUGUCAAUUGUACAGUAAAAAGAUUGUUAGGAUUUAUUUAACUGAUAUAGGUCUGGGAAGUACAGAAUAUUUUAAUGAAGUGUUAUUGCCAGUUAGUAAUAAAAUCACUUUUUUCAUAUAUUGUACUUUGUUGCAUAACAGGAAUAGGCAACCUAAUGAUCUCUCAAGCAUCAUGGGGCAUCUCUGAGUGUUUCCUUUUAUUCAACACAGUAAUUAAUGACUUUCUCCAGAUAAUGUUGUGGGAAUUGUACUGUACAGUACAAAGAAUCAAAUAUGAAUAACAGAAGAGAGAAGCUGUUGCAUCUCCAAUUAUAACUGUACUAGUAAUGUUAUAAAAAAAAGUAAAAUUUAAAAAUAGGGACCCAAUCUACAUACAGUAUUACCCCGCUUUACGCGGUUUCACUUUCCGCGAUUUCUCAUUUACGCGGUGCCUCGCCAGAACCGAACUUUCACUUUCUGCGGUGCAUCUGCUCAUAUACGCUGGAAGUGGCGCGGGCAGGAUGCGCACAAGGUCGCCCAGUCAUCAAAACAUUACCGAGUUCUUCACCCGCCACCCACCACAGCCGGCCUAAGUCAGUGAUAGUGAGGAUAUGGACUUAUGUGGACUU